UCGGCAGAUCAAAGCGGCAGCUGAUUGGUCGGGUCCGACAGAGAGCCUGGCGAGCGCGCUUGCUUGAUCCUACGCGCCCAACGCUAGUCAGUGUUUGGCAAAGGGCGCCGCCGGUCACAGUAUAAACGAAGACUGUAGCACGUGCGAUCGCGGAGGCGACUACGACAGUGACAGUCCGCGCCGCGGCCGUUUACAAACGGCGGACUGCGAUCUCGACAAAAGAAAUACUGCGAUUUACCGCGUAUCAGGAUGGUGGUGACGCGCGCGAACGACACGGUAAUAAUAUCGUGGCCAUAGUGAUCUAGUGAAGCGGGCUGUGAUGCCGCUGUGUCGUGUUUUCAAGUGAACCAUGCCACACGUCUCGUCCAGUGGCGGCGGCGAUGAUCUCGGCAGCACCGAUGAGGUUAAGGUGUUCAAAGACGAGGGCGACGGCGAAGACGAGAAGAGGUCCUCGGAGAACCUCACCGAGGAGAAGAGUAGCCUUAUCGAUCUCACCGAGUCGGAGGAAAAGUCUGGCGGAAGUUACAAUACUUCUAGUAAAAAUGCCCAGCGAACAGAUCACAGUCCAGUCUUUGGCAAAGUCGAGCCGUCGGCGCACACGUCCUCGUUCAACAUGGGAUACCUUAUGUCCCCCUACGGUUACGCCAAUGGAGCGGCUGGACCCAUACCCGUAUCAAUGGCGGGAAAGAUGGGACUGGGCCCCACGGGACACAUGCCCCCGUUCUUCUGCCAUAACGGCGACCCCCUGUCGCAGCCACCACCGGCCCACAUGGGCAUCCCCCCCUACCAGCUGGACGGGAAGGGAGGCGCGGGCGCCAUGGGACUCACCCGACCACCCAUGUACCCUUUUUCUGCUGGCCAGUAUCCCUACCCCAUGCUCAGCCCGGAAAUGUCGGCGCAGGUUGCCACCUGGCACACGCCGAGUAUGUACCCCCUGUCGCCGGGCGCGGGAUUCCGCAGCCCCUAUCCGACGUCACUGCCCAUCUCGACGAGCAGUUUGUCCAGCGAUUUUUAUCGAUUCUCGCCGACCGGAUUGAUCCAGCCGCAUCCGGGUUUGUCGCCUCACCCUCCCCACUUGGCCUCGCAUCCCGCUAUCGUCACGCCCGGACCUAAACAGGAAUUGCCCGACAUCAACCACAAACCUCUCAACUUGACGAUCAAGAAAAUGCCGAUCGCCAUCGUCGCUCCGUUUUCGCGUAAUCUCAAAGAGGACGGUGACGACGCUUCCGUGAAACGCCCGUGCGAUUCGCCGCAGGAUUUGUCGCUCAAGAAGCGCGAAAAUCGCGAUCUCGGUCUCGAUUUGACGACGAAGACGAGCCCGAGCGAACAACUGAGGAGUUAUCUGGCGAAAGGUGACGAUACCCGGACCACCACUUACACGAAGAAUACGUACAAUUCGUUCGGCGAGUAUCCGAAUCCGGAAGGGUAUUCGUUGAUGAACGACUUGGAUAGGAAAUUGUUAACCACGUGGUACGUGAACUCGAUCUUGGGUCGUCCGAGUCCGUACUUUGGUUUCGGCGGCGGCGGGGCGCUCGAAAAAACCGCCCCCGGCGGCGGUUCCAAUAAGAUUUUGAAUAAUUUGCUCGAGCAGAAACCCUACGUAACUUACAAGUUCCCUAGCGGGUUCGACGCGCUCAUCAAGAAUGAGAUGGACGGCGACAAGAAGGAGAAAAACGGGGAACGGGGGUCCCAAUCGGAUCACAAGAACAACAUUGACAAGAACAAUCAGGAUAACGAAAAAAAGAAGCCCCACAUUAAGAAACCCCUCAACGCCUUCAUGCUGUACAUGAAGGAGAUGCGCGCUAAGGUGGUGGCCGAGUGCACGCUCAAGGAGAGCGCCGCCAUCAACCAAAUACUAGGACGACGGUGGCACGCGUUGGGCCGCGAGGAGCAGGCCAAAUACUAUGAGUUGGCACGCCGCGAGAGGCAACUGCACAUGCAACUCUAUCCGGAUUGGUCGUCGCGCGCCAACGCCACCCGCGGCAAGAAGAGGAAACGCAAACAAGACCCCGCAGACGGAGGUAACAGUAUGAAGAAGUGCCGGGCCAGGUACGGGUUGGACCAGCAGAGUCAGUGGUGCAAACCUUGCAGACGCAAAAAGAAAUGCAUACGAUACAUGGAGUCGGGCGAGAGCAACGACGGUAACCAGUCGGACGACAAUCUAGGAAGUUGCGGGAGCAUGGGGGACGCUCACACGCCUCCCGACGACGACGCCGAGAGUCUUAACCAGUCGAUGUCGAGUCCCGGCGGCUUAUCGGCGUUCAGCAGCCUGACGAGUCCCGGCGGCAUGGUACUGCCCAGUCCGUCGACGAGCGUCGCCAGUCCGUCGGUGAGCGUCGCCAGUCCGUACAUGCUCCAGAGCCCGCUCACUCCCCACCACCACCAUCACCACGACGGUUAUGACGCGGCGGCGAAACUGACGCCGCACCAUCAUCAGCAGCCGCCACCUCCGCCGCCUCCGCCGCCGCCGCCGCCGCCCCGCAAUCCAGUCGGGACCAACCCCCACGACAUAAACAAUCCGUUGAGCGUGAACCAAUUGACCGGACAGUGCGUGGUGAGGAACGAUCCCGCGGAUACGAACGGCAAAGAAACGUCGACGCGGUCCAUCAUCAGUGUUACGUAGCGUAGGACGGGCGCGCAAGCCACCUGUGAUCAUCGUCGAUACGUUUGCGCGUAGUGACCGCCGCCGCCGCCGCGAGAGGGCGCCGAGAGUUCGUCUUUUGUUUUGUUUUUUUUUUACUACUGCGUAACAUAAAUGUCAUUUGCCAAAAUCACCUCUAUAUAUACGAUUUAUAUAUAUCUAUAUAUAUAUAUAUUAUAUAUAUAUAUACAUAGUAAAUACCCUAUUUUAUAUAUUUUUUAGAGUAUACGUUCAAGGGCGGCGCGAAUGUGGUCGCGCGGCCGGGAAACGAGAACUGUGUUGUACAAAAAUUAUUAAUUAAUCGAUUGAAUCGUUAAUCGCAUUGUUAAUUAAUUUAAUUAAGUGGUUAUUUGCAGGAUGAACUCGUUUUCUCGGAAAAAAUAAUAAUACAACCUCAAAACAGCUCGGUAGUCCGUGGUAACAUUUUCCAUUUCCGUCACGUUGUGCAUAGAGUCAAGAUCCUUUUUUUUUUAUGUUAAUAUUUCGUAGACACCGUAAGACUAACCACGGUAUAGUAUCUUGCAAGUUUGAUCUUUUAACGGGACCAGGAGUUUCAAAAUGUAAGAGCUUUUUCAAAUAAUACUUAUUUGGCUUCAUAAAAAAUGUAGUCAGUUAAAAUAAUAUUGGAAGUCAUGUGUUUAAAGAUCGAGACAAAGUAAUAUAGUCUUGGAAAGUUGUCCUUUUAUAGGGACUAGGAAACUUUUUGAAAUAACGGUUAUUCAGUUUUUAAAAGAAUUAUGGUCUUUUGAAGUAUUAUCGAAAGUAAAGUUCCUGUUGUAAAAGUUCCAGGGAAAAUAAAAUGAAAUGUAGGAAGUUUGUUCUUUUAUAGAGUCCAGGGAUUCAAAAAACCAAGAGAUUUUUCAAAUAAUGCUUAGUUGGUGUCAUAGAAAAUAUGGUCAGUUAAGGUAAUAUCAAAAGCAUAGUUCAAAAGAAAGUAAUAUCAAAUGACUUGGAGGUUCGUUCUUUUAAGGGGACUAGGAAUUCAAAAAAACUUUUUCAAAUAAUGGAAAAUAAUACGAAAUUUGAUUUCGAUUGAAAAACAUCUUUUUAAUAUGUAGCCAUUUUGUGCCCCAUUUUGGUUUUUCGAUUUUCCAUCAUAUUCUUUUAAAAAAAGCCAUAUUUCUGUGUUGCUUGAAAAAUGUGCUUAGUUCGUUGAGUUUUAAACGUGUUUAAAACUUCAACUUGAAGCAGUUUUUACGUAUAACAAAAAUAUUUUUUUUUUAAUGUGAAGGUAGUAUUAUAAAACAAAUUUGAAAUCAAAAUUUGAAUAUUUGGAACUAUUGUUUCUAAGCAUUUCAAAUUCUUGUCGUUAAUAUUUUAGUUUUAUUUUACUCUUACCACCUCUUUUUUUAUCAAAACUAUUUAUGAUUGGAAAUAAUCGAAACGAUUUUUUGAACUACGUACUUUUUUUACUUUUCUAAAAGCUGUAAAAAAUUUGUUUUUGCAUAUUUUGAGCAGCUAUUUUUUUUUCAAACAAAUUUUCCCAGGUUACGUUAAUUACCUUGUAAAAUCAACGUAAUCUGCGAACAACGCGGAAAACGUAUUUUCGAAAAUGCGAGGCAUUUUCCAAAAUAAAUUUCUGAUUUUUAAAUGCAAAAAUGUUGCCACGGACCCGUGCUCGCGACAUCAUUCGCGUCGGUCCGUUUUUUGCUAUUAAUUUGGAAGAAUUAAUGUUCCUUGUGCCACCAGAGUUUACGUUAUUCACAUUUUGUACCUACGUGACAAUUUGGUUUCUCCGUAUAGCACGACUAAGAGAGAAAACGACCCCUUUGACUAAAACCCGAAUACUUUUCUCAUUGAUUAGUCUUAAAUUGUUACACAAACCUGUAAUUACAUUGUACAUAGACAAAUGUUAUAUACAUAAUAUGAUAAUAUUAUGGUUUUUCGUGAGGCGUAGUGUUUGACUUUUUGGAAAUUUUAUUUGUUAACUUUUUUUUAUAUCUAUGUGCGAACGUUCGCGUUAUACCUUUCGUUUUAAAUUACGUUUGUUUCUUUCCGGUCGUUCUCCCUCGCGAGUUUUUUUACAUUUUUUCAGGCGUUUUCAGUUUUAUUUCGUUUACUGUAAAAAAAAAAAAGAAUGAUGUGAUAUUUUAUAUACUAUGAACGUUUUGGUUUAGCGUCCUUCCUCAGGAUUACUGCAUUUACGCGUUCGUGGCCCCCCACCGGACGCCCCCCCGGUGUAUCUACGAAAAAAAUCGGAGAGUCGCUUGCCCAGAGGGUUUCAUUUUUGUGCAAUAUUGUGCGCCGGGGCGGUCGCGGGGCGGGGGCGGAUCGUUUCCGAGUGUUUUCUCAAUCCGCCCCGGGGCGGGAAAAAAACGAACAUAAAAAUACUACCGUGCCAUAUUACAAUUCGGGAGGCGGGGAGGGGGGGACGUAGAAUUUAGGAAACCAUCGCUAAAUAAACGACUGCCUAGGUUUUAAACGGUUAAUUUUAAGUUUUUCCCUUCGAUUUUUCCAUAAGUGCAAUGUAAAGAAAAUAGAAAUACGUUUUUUUUUUUUUUUUGCGAUCACGAUACGCGGGACGAGCCGCAACGGCCAUGUUUGGUUCUCGCGGUCCGCACACCCCCGUGCGUUUCGAGCGGGGGGCGUUGUGAAUGCCCCCUCCCGGCGACGAUGUACUUGACAUGUAGGUUAAUUGAAAUAUAUAUGUAUAAAUAAAAUUAGAAUCUACUAUCUAGGAAGUUAAUAUCUUUGUAAGUAGCAUCUGUUCGUAACAUCGUAUAGGUUAGGAUCAUUCAAUACAAUAAAAAACAUCAAAAUCUGGACUUUAUUUUUUUCCUGAUUCGGAGGAGGUUUGUCCGCAUCAUACAGCUAAUGAACUUCUGUCGCACUUAACGCCUUGCGGGUUGUUAAAAUAUCUGGUCGAAUUCUAAUUACGUUCGACAUCGUCUCGCAGCCAAGGAUGUUAUAUGGUGCCUCUGUGUCUGUACUGCACUAUUUGUGAUAGUGCGAUCUGCGUCGGACCAAAGUGUGGGCUCGUCAGUAUCGAUUUCAGAAAUUUGACAAAAAAAAACAUUGAGAAAUAAUUCCUAAAAAGUUGAUAACAUGUUCUAAAAUCGAUAUUUGUUCGUUGUUUUACAAUUGUUACAAUGACUCGUCUAAUUUUUUUAGCAAAUAAUAUUUGCAAAUGUUAAGUAUUUUCUUCACUGAUUUAGUUGGCCAUGCGACUUGGGCCAUUUGGCCAGCUUACAAAUAUUGGUAAAGAUAAUUCAAAAUUCCUAAUGGGCGCCUUCCUAAAAAGCAUCCUUCAGGUUAGUUAACUUAUUCGUACAAAGGUUAACGAUUCGCGUUCGUCACGGACCAACCCAUUUACUGACCCUCGGCGACAAAAAUUGUUUUUAACUGAAAAACCACGAAACCGCCCUACAUUUAUAUCAUCAAAAUGACGCGAACUGUUCACGGAGAUCCGACACGCAACAAUUUAUGCGAAAACAGAUUUUAAACGUCGAAAAACCCGGAUACUGUAGGCAGCGGACAAGGAUCGACCUGUCUCGUGCGAUGUCACCCAGAGAAUAGAAUUUGUGUGUAGUUAUUUUUGAAGGACGGCCAUAUUGGUUUCCCCAUUUUGAGUUUUCGAGAAUUAAUACCGAAUUCUCACUACGUUAAACAUAAAAGGCUCAUUUACAAUCAAUCUGUGCAAGGAAUAUUUUUUUAUAUAUUGCCAAAGUUUUUGUAUCUGGUUACAGUGUGCGGCGUUCCACAAACAACAUGACCGCUGACAUUUGGUGAAUUCGUCAGGUUUCAGAUGUUAAGUGCGUGGUAAUCGCUUAAAAGGAAAAUGGUGCGAAGUGCAUUUUAACUUUAGAUGUGCAUACGGAAAAAUACGACUCUUGCAACGGGUUAAAACUUAUAGAUCCGUACUCCCUUUAUGAAGUUUCGACCCAGAACGCUGCCUUUGGAUUAAUAUUAUUUUAGGUAGGAGUGGGUGGUAUUGACAAAAAAAAAUCACACUCUGUAUUGUAAGACACGCUGCUGCAUUACGAAAGGAUUAAAUUAAAAAUAUGUUUGCUACAGCACUUAUGGGGUUGUAUUUUCUAAUUGAAGCAAUUUGUCUUGGAUUGAUUCAAGAGUUUUGUGUCUUUCUAUUUUCUAUUAUUUAUAAUUUCCCGAUAAAGUAAAUGCAACCUACCCCUACCCCUUACUCACGAGACGAAAUUGAAUAUACCUUACACGUGGUCUACGUAAAGGCCGCACCCUUAAUUAUAGUCCAAAUUGUACGAUAACACAACAAAUGGAGGUACUAUAUAACAGCCUUAUUUAUUUCCACGAGGCCUUUAUGUGGUCAAGAUAGAAUAUCAGAUAAAGUAAGUUCCUUUGAUCUAAUUUGCGAGUAACCAAAAUUCAAAAUUAUCACUAGAAUAAUAACAGAAUUGGUUUUAAAAUUUUUCUGUUUCGAAGAUUAUUUUUCAGAUAAAGAUCACAAUCAAAGACAGAAACAAAUGCUUGUUUUAAGAUAGGUAACCUGUAUCAAUUCGUGCUUAUUUCCAUUAUUAUUAUCCCUUAGAUUGGAUUUUCUCCCAAAGUUUCUAAGUGAACUUUUAAUAGCUCAAUGUUAAACUGCCGGAAAAGCCUUGUAUUUUGUUGUUUCGCAUUCGCCAUUUUAUUCUGGAAAUCAUUCCCUCCUAUAUUCCCCAGUGUUGUAAAGAUUUGGUUUAAGGCUAUACUCUUAUUUAUGGAUAAAGGCAUCACCCAAGGCGAAUGACUAACAAGGAAAAAAUAAAUUAGGUUAGGUAAUCCACUAAAGGGCGCAGCUAAAAGAAGAGCUAUGCAUUUUCCCCCUCCUCUCUUUAACAGCGGCUCUCUGGUACUCAAACUUGGACCAUGCUGUUAAUCUGUGGGGACUUU